CGUGAUAUUUGUAGCAUCGAGUACACUAUCUUCAGUACUUAGUAUACUGUGGCUUAAUACGUCGACGCCAGAAAGGUUAUAUUUCCCUUCCUUCUAUUUCAAUUGUCGAGGGGCUUCGCAAUGGGUGCAUAUAAAUAUAUGCAGGAGUUGUAUCGCAAGAAGCAGAGCGAUGUGCUGCGAUUCUUGCUUCGUGUCAGAUGUUGGCAAUAUCGUCAAUUGACUAAAAUGCAUCGUGCUCCCAGACCAUCUAGACCCGAUAAAGCACGUCGCUUGGGUUACAAAGCUAAAGAAGGUUUUGUGAUAUUUAGAAUUCGUGUACGAAGAGGUGGUCGUAAACGUCCUGUUCCCAAAGGUGCAACUUAUGGAAAGCCAAAAAGUCAUGGCGUUAAUCAGUUGAAGCCUACUAGAAAAUUACAGUCUGUUGCUGAGGAACGUGUUGGCCGUCGUUGUGGUGGUCUACGAGUUUUAAACAGUUAUUGGGUAGCUCAGGAUUCUUCAUAUAAAUAUUAUGAAGUUAUCCUGAUUGAUCCAGCACAUAAGGCAAUACGUAAUGAUCCAAAAGUUAACUGGAUAUGUAAUGCAGUACAUAAGCAUCGUGAACUUCGUGGAAAGACAUCAGCGGGCAGAAGUUCGCGAGGUUUAGGGAAAGGACACCGUUACUCACAAACUAUCGGUGGUUCUCGUCGUGCAGCGUGGUUGAGAAGAAACUCUUUGUCACUUCGCAGAAAACGAUAAAUUUCUUAAGUAUUCCGAAUAAUGAUCUUCACGUGUAUACGAUACAUCAUUUCAUUGAUAUAUUAGAAAUAUUUGUAUCAAUAUUAUGGUAUAUCUUGUACGAAAUAAAUGUUUCUUUC